AUGUCCCAACAAGCUGGACAAGACACUCCGAUUCGAAUAAAUCCUGGUGAAUGGGAUGUUGUACUUCGAAAUGGACAGCCUACACUCGUUCCAAAGCGUGCCAUAAAUGCUCCGCCGCUACAGACUGCAAACGCGCGGGCAACAGAAGUAGCAAAUGAUCCAACUCUACAAAUCGCACACAGAGUUUCAGAAAGAGCCCGUUUUCAAGCGCUGACUCUGUAUCAUGCUGCACAACAGACUGGUCUCAAUGAGGAUCAGUAUAGCUUCCUCAAGAAUGAGCUAGCCAAGCUUCGUCACGAAAUUGCGGUUUAUGAUCAGAAUAUCGAGCAACGAAGGGACGUUAAUCGAUCUUCCUCGCAGACAAGAGCACUUCACGCCCCCUCAAAUACACCUCUAUAUCAACGCACACACCUCCCUAUAUCUCAGAGUGUCACUGCGAACACGUCACAGAAUGCGCAUUUCCUGUAUCCGCAUCAGUCUGUGUAUCCAGCUCCUGGGUACCCGGUACACAGUGCGCCUGUCGCUCCGGCUCCGAAUGGGAAUAAUCAAAUUCCACAGCCAUCUUACUACUCUCAAGUGGCUCAGAUUGUGCCGCAAGCUAGCACAUCUAACCGUUCUCGAGCUCUUCCAUCCCCGCCGAUCACGCAAAAUGCGGCAAUCAACAUUCAACCUAUUGGAGCACCUCUACCACCAGUACGCCAGCAGACUACUCCUGUCGCCAGUAAUCGACCUCAAUUUGCCGUUCAAUCAGUGGCCCCCUUUCCAAGUCAGACGGUAGACCAAACACCGUAUCUGAUACCUUACUCUGCACAGGGCUCUAAUCCAUUAUUGGCGAAUUCGAGCUCAGGUCAGGGUCUCAAUCAGCCACCGAACCGACAAGUACAGAGUACUCCAUCUACAUCUAGAAAUGUCAAUACGCCGGUGCAGCCCCAUCGGGCCUCUUCGCAAUCACAGCAUUCGAGGACAGUUGGCCUCAGCAGGUCAUAUCUGUAUCCUCUUCCAACUCAACAGCAGAGCCAAGGAGAGAUUAGGAGGCCUUUGGCAUCUAAUCCGGCCUCCACUGCACCUGUACAAUUGUAUACUCCUACACUCAAUGGAGGACUUCCUCUAAUUGAACCCGCUCCUGCAGGCCUCGCGAGAUCAGUUCUACAAAUGCUCCAGAAGCGCAAGGAGAUGGAUUCUGCUGGGACCUCAUCAACAUCAAGUAAACGAGUCAUUCCUUCUCAAAGCAGUCCAAUCCCUUUUCCGAGUCCGAACCCGGCUACGCCCCUACCACCACCAAUCAGACCAACAGAUAUUGUUGAACCAGAAAACAAUACCUCGUUGGUCGAUGAUCCUUCUGCUCCGGAAGGACCCGCGGCUCACGACACGUUGGAGUCCACCUUAGUCACAGCCAGGGAAGAGCUGGCAGACACGAGAGAUCCGAUGAUUAUUGACGAUCUGGCCGUUCAGGUUGAUCCUGGUAUCCGAAUAGAGGAGGCCACCAAGUUUCCAGUAUCAGACACGAAAGCUCCCUCGCGACCUUAUCCCUCGGAUGUGAGAGAGGCCGAGGAGCCUGACAGGACAGACGACCGGAAAACCGAGCCAUUGUUUCUCCCUGAAUCGCCUACCCCUCCGGACGAAAAGGACGAAGAGUCGAUGGAACGGCCCCUACAUCGCUUCCUCUAUGUCCUUGUUCCACGUCCACCAGAGCUUGGUCUCACACCGACAUCUUCUACUUCCGACGUGGAGAUCAAGGAGAUCCUUGAGAAGGAUGAUGCAAAGCGUCUAACUGCACAAGACUGCGAUUUCAUUACACGAAGAGAACCUCAACUUCUGUCUCAUAUCGAGGAACAGCACGAUGGUGAUAUGAGCCUCCUGAAGCCCAUUGUGAAUGACCUCUACUAUGGCUUACCUGAGCCAAUGGAACCACUUCCAGACGUUGCCCCAUCAUCCGAAGCGGUCAAAUUUCCAGUUUAUGGACAUCCAAGUGCGCGAUUAGUCAAUCGAACACCGUCACCCAAGCCAGUUUCCUCAGCCGUUGCACUCAUGCCUUUGUCCCCGAUUAAACGCACCGCCCGGUCCGCAUACUCGCAAGAAAGUCCUAUUCUUGAGCAUCGCACGUCAUCCCUGCAUGAUGAUGACGAUUCUGAGCUCGAAGGACGGGAGAUCCUGGACAAGUAUGCAUUCUUGGAGCCGUUCUACCGGGUGCCGUUCACAUUAGAUGUCCUGGACUCGGACGAAGAGGUCGCACGCUCGUUUGACCGCGAAACUAGACGCUCGGCACUGAAGCAAGUCUCAAAAGUCGAGCUUAAGGCGUGGAUUCAAACCAAAGAAACCGGUAAAAGGGGUGAGGUUCGCUUCGCCCAACGAACCUGUUCACAGCAGAGGCCCCGGUGGCUUCACACAAUCUGA